AUGAUUAGUUUUUUUAGAAAAAUUUACCUAAAUGAAAGAAUUCAGCGACUGGAAGAAUUAUCAUUCAGAGAGGAAAACUCUCGACAGUCACCACUAAUUAGCAGCUAUAUUAAGGAUGGAACAGCUAGGAGUGAAUCAAUUGACACAAACAUUUUGAAAUAA